AUGGUGUCUAUCGCUGACUACUACGCAGGCAAGAAUGUGCUGAUCACUGGCGCCACGGGCUUCAUGGGCAAGGUGCUGGUGGAGAAACUGCUGCGGUCCUGUCCAGAGGUCCAAACCCUCUACCUCCUAGUCAGGCCCAAGGCUGGACAGUCCAUGCAGGAACGGGUCAGCGACAUGAUAAAGUGCAAGGUGUUUGACCGCGUGAGGGAGGACAACCCAGACUUCCAUCAGAAGAUAGUUCCUAUCAGCAGUGAGUUGACACAGCCUGCUCUGGCCAUCAGUCCUGAGGACGUAGAGAGACUAACCUCCUGCGUCAACAUCAUCUUCCACUGUGCUGCCACCAUCCGCUUCGACGAACCCCUCAAACACGCCCUGCAGCUGAAUGUGAUGGCCACGCAGCAGCUCCUGAAUCUGGCCCAGCAGAUGCACCACCUCCAGGCCUUCAUCCACAUCUCCACAGCCUACGCCAACUGCAACCGCAGGCACAUCGACGAGAUCAUCUACCCACCGCCUGUAGAACCCAAGAAGCUCAUCGACUCCCUGGAGUGGAUGGAGGACAGCAUCGUCCGUGACAUCACGCCGCGCCUCAUCGGGGAGCGCCCCAACACCUACACCUACACCAAAGCCCUGGCAGAGUGCGUGGUCCAGAAGGAGAGCAGCAAGCUCAGCAUCGGCAUCAUCAGACCCUCCAUAGUGGGAGCCAGCUGGCAGGAGCCUUUCCCUGGUUGGAUUGACAACUUCAAUGGACCAAGCGGAGUCUUCAUCGCUGCGGGGAAGGGCAUCCUGCGCACCAUGAGAGCCAACAAUGAUGCGGUGGCGGACCUCAUCCCCGUGGACGUGGUCAUCAACCUGACCCUGGCCGCUGGCUGGUACACGGCAGUACACAGACCCAAAACAGCGUUGGUUUACAACUGCACAACGGGCGGCACAAACCCUUUCCACUGGGGAGAGAUCGAGCACCAUGUGAUGUCCAGCUUCAAGAGGAACCCUCUGGAGCAGGCUUUCAGAAGGCCCAACGCCAACAUCACCUCCAACUACCUGAUGAACCAGUAUUGGAUCCUGGUCAGCCACAAGUUCCCUGCCCUCAUCUACGACCUCUACCUGAGACUGUCCGGACAGAAACCCCAGAUGAUGCGUAUCUUCAACCGGCUGCACAAGGCCAUCGGUCUGCUGGAGUACUUCAGCAGUCAGGACUGGGAGUGGAACUCCGAGAACAUGAGCAUGCUGAUGAGCCACCUCAGCCCUGAGGACAGGAAGACAUUCAACUUUGACGUGCGUCAGCUGAACUGGCCGGAAUACAUAGAUAACUACUGCAUCGGCACCAAGAAGUACGUUCUGAAUGAAGACAUGUCCGACAUCCCUGCAGCCAGGCAACACCUCAGGAAGCUGAGGAACAUCCGCUACACAUUCAACACUCUACUGCUGGUCUUCAUCUGGAGGGUGUUCAUCGCCCGCUCCCAGAUGGCCAGGAACAUCUGGUACUUUGUGGUCAGCCUCUGCUUCAAGUUCCUCUCCUACUUCAGAGCCUCCAGCACACUCACCAACUGAUGACCAACUGACCGUUGACCAGCUGAACGCCCUGCUCGCCUCCUCAACCAGACCACACCCCUCAGACCUCCAGCAGCACACAACCCCACUCUUUAACCAGACCUCACCCCUCAGACCUCCAGCAGCACACAACCCCACUCUUUAACCAGACCUCACCCCUCAGACCUCCAGCAGCACACAACCCCACUCUUUAACCAGACCUCACCCCUCAGACCUCCAGCAGCACACAACCCCACUCUUUAACCAGACCACACCCCUCAGACCUCCAGCAGCACACAACCCCACUCUUUAACCAGACCUCACCCCUCAGACCUCCAGCAGCACACAACCCCACUCUUUAACCAGACCUCACCCCUCAGACCUC